AUGACAUGGCCCGUUGACCAGCCCGGAUGGGAAGAGGACUGUGCUCAUAGAGACCAGGAUCCUGCCGGGCGGGCAUUCCCCGAUCUCGACUGGUGCGUACCUGAAGAAAUCGAAACGGGGUCCAUGCCGGUCAAUGAUGAUGCACCGCCCUCCUAUCUCAUGCCUGGCGGUUGUGAUGGCUGGGUAGCCCCCUUGGGACAGGGUCCUAGCAGCAACAGGGCCCUAUCAGCGAGUGCGUUCUACCGGUCUGUCGGGGCUGCCAGCCUGAGCCCUCCCCACAGACUUGUCACGACCGCUGGUCUCAUCGCCUCUCCGCUACCUCAGCCGGAAAGCAUUCCCCGGAGAGAAACCGAAAACACGCCAACUCAGAUUGCUGAGAGGGGACCGGCCAAACCAUAGAAUCUAAAUCAUACAGCUCCAUUGCUACCGAAUCCUUGCAGCUGC